AGCGUUACCGCUUAUGGACGUACCAUGAUAGAACGAACGAAGCAAGAGGUGGAGGAUCGCUUUCGAAUAGAAAAUGGAUAUAAAAACGAUGCGAUAGUCAUAUAUGGCGACACUGAUUCCGUGAUGGUUAAGUUUGGCGUGAAAGCUAUAGAAGAUGCAAUGGAACUCGGUAAAGAGGCGGCCGAUUACGUGACGUCGAAAUUCAUCAAGCCUAUAAAAUUGGAGUUUGAGAAAGUGUAUUUUCCGUAUCUCUUAAUCAACAAGAAACGUUACGCUGGCCUGUAUUUUACGAAACCGGAU